AUGGAACUUACAAAAGAUCAGCAAAAUUUAAAUGAAGCAAAAAAAUUAAAAGAAGAAGCUGAUAAAUUAUCCACGAAUAAUAACUAUGAAGCAGCCAUUGCUAAAUAUUACGACUGCAUUGAUUUUAUCCCUGACAUCCCAAAGGAUGAGCUUAAUAAAGAAUUCAGUGAAUUGGACGAAAGCAUAAGGACAAGCUUAGUCUCCUGCUUAAUAGCCAACAAAUACUACGACGCAGCCAAAGAUGAAUGUGAAGAUGCUUUAGAGUCCUACCCACACAACACAAAAUUUAAGUAUUAUUUGGGGAUUGCCCUGAUUGCCCAGCAAGAAUUGAACAAUGCGCUUUUAUUAUUCAAACAAAUCAAGAGAGAAGAUCCGUCAUAUGAAGGAAUUGAUAUACAAAUUGAAGUGAUAAAGAAAAUUCGUGAUGAGUGUAAUAGAGAUGUGAAGCUUGUUCUCGGUCCUGAAAUAGCUACUGAAAAGAAGAUUGUUGUAGAAGAAGGGGCAGAAAAGUAUAAUAUUCCAAAGAUUGCGGUGGUAGGAUUGACUAUAGCAGGGAUUAUAUUGGCUGGAGUCGUUUUAUAUAAAAGGUAUAAGAAAUAA